AUGACUUACACCACCAACGACACCCUCGUCCUCGCUGCCCCUCGCCCGGUCCGCCUCGCCUCCGGCACAGCUCCUUUCCCCUUCCACCCUAUUGCCCACCGUCCCCGAUCUCGCGCCGCCUUUUUGUCCGCCGCAGCCGACGCCUUCGACCGCCUACGCCUCUCCGACGACCCCGAUCACUACGAAUCUAAGCCGUCCGACAUCACAGACAAGGAAAACCACUCGCCUCGUGCCUCGCCUCGAUCCACCCCGUCUGAGGCUCUUGAAGAGUUCCUCUCCAUCCUCCAGCACCAGUCCGCCAUCCGCAUCCAGCCCACGUCUCCCGUUAUUCGCGCAUCCAACCAUUUCUUUUACCAUCGCCGCCAGACCCCAUCCAGCCUUAGUCCCUCCCUCCCUUCCGAUGGGCUCGCUUUGGCCAUCGGCGAUGAUGCUGACGUCAAUGGAGGCGAGAGCAUCACCUACUCGUACAAAUUCAUAGGCAAUGCCCUUGGGUCACCUGUCUCUCGCGUACACACUCGCAACCCCUUCCAGAGACACCCUUCUUAUGAUGGUGCCGUGGCUGGUCUCCUGGGCCCGCCUCUCUCUCCCUCACCCGCGCAAUCUCUCACGCCCGCAGCGAUCCCCCUUCCGCUGCCUACGCCCGACGAAAUGGAACUUGAGGCUUUCACGUAA